CCUGCAUGUGGAUCAGUCGCUUCGGGAUGAGGAUGACCACUCAUGAGUGCACAAGAUGAAGCUGAUUCAAAGUCUCUUCCUGUCUUUUCUGGCACAUUUUCAAUGGACCCUCAAUGUCAGCUCAGAGGACACGCCAACAUUUGGAUCUAAGAAUAUUCCCAGACUUCUGCGCAAAGAUGUCAUCCAAGGAAGAUUUGACUUCCCUGUUUAUCAAAACCACACUGUUUUAUUUUAUCAUGAAGACUCCGGGGAGUUUUACAUAGGAGGGACAAACUUUGUGUUCAAGCUUGACUUGGAUCGCUUUCAAAUCAUUAAGGAAAUCCGUCUGGAGGCCACAAGGGAAGAGCAUAGCCAAGAGGGUCCUUGUGAAAAUGUCAUCACUGUCAUCAAGAAGUUUGGAGACAGUCUGUUUGUCUGCGGGACCAACGGACACAGGCCUCACUGCUGGAAGCUUGCAAGUUCUUUGGCUGACGUGAUAGAGGAUCAAGACGGGACGGGGAUCUCUCCGUUUACGCACACACAGAACUCACUGUCUCUCAGAGUUGAGGGGGAUCUAUACGCUGUGGCACCGCUGAAUACUGAUGGAAGCUACUUGCAGUUCAGAAGGAAAGCCGGCAGAAGAGCCAACGUCUGGAUGUAUGACAGUUGGGUUUCAGAGCCCACAUUUGUGUCUGCCUCCUGGGUGAAGCGAAAAGACGACCCCGAGAAUGAAAAGAUUUUCAUCUUUUUCCGCGAAAAGAACUCUGAUCAAAACCCAGAGGCCGAUCCGUGGAUUUCCAGAGUGGCCAGAGUUUGUAAGACUGAUGAAGGCGGAUCAAAGCGAUUUUUCCAGAACACGUGGACAUCUUUUCUCAAGGCUCGACUGGUCUGCGGCUUCCCAGAACAUUCCCUGUAUUUCAACCAUCUGCAGGACGUCUACAUACAACACGCAGAAGACUGGCGGCACACAAGGGUCUAUGCCCUCUUCACCAGCAGCUGGAACGCCACUGCAGUUUGUAGUUAUUCCAUGCAGACUAUUGAAGGCAUUUUUGACAACUCCACCUUCAAAGGCUAUGACAAGGCUGUUCCAGAACCAAGGCCAGGAACUUGUGUGCGCAACAGCCGCCUAUUGCCGCUGGCCACCAUCAGCGUGGUGAGGGAUCAUCCCGAAAUGAGCGACUGGGUCCACUCUGUACACUACACGACUCCGUUCUACGUCAGCAACAACAACUUCACCAAGUUAGCCGUGGACCGCGUCCAGGCGGCGGAUCGGCGUGUGUACAGUGUUCUCCUGCUAGCCACUGACUCUGGGAAGAUCCAUAAAAUUCUAGAGUCGGGAUCCGAACCUUUCAUCAUCUCCCAAACACAAAUCCCCAGUCUGUCCAGCAUACAGUCGAUGAAACUUGACUCCAAAAAGAAAAAACUAGUGGUGAGUUUUGCAGAGAAAAUCAUUGUGUUAGACCUCCGGAGUUGCGAUAUGUAUAACAAAUCCUGCGCAGACUGCGUUCUGGCUCGGGACCCCUAUUGUUCCUGGACUACAUCUGGAUGCACCCCAACUGUCCCUGGGGGCAUUCAAAAUAUUUUUGAUGGGAAAACAAGUGUGUGCUCCGCAUCAACAUCAGAACAUAGUCAAUUAAACCGGACGAGAAGGAACGCUGCAUCGCCCGUAGACGUGGAUUUAACUCUGCCCCUUGUGCCCGUGGGUGUCCCUUAUUACCUGACGUGCCCAAUUGACUCUUACCACGCCGUCUACACGUGGAAAUACGGAGACCAGAUCAGUCCUUGUCUACAGAUGCACUCCAACUGCCUCCUCCUCAUGUCCGCCAUGACCCCCACGAGCUACGGCAGCUACGAGUGCAUCUCGGAAGAGAGGGACUACGUCAAUGUGGUGAAGAGAUAUCAUCUCACGGAGCGAGUCGACCAAUGUACCAAGGCCGACCGAGGUAAAGCAUCAGCCGUAGCAGCCCAGACAUUGUGGACCACACUUGGACUUAGUGUUUCGCUGUUUUCAAACUGAAUGCAAAAGCUUAUAAGCUUCUCUCAUGAAUAAGACAGACUGAAUAUGUGGCGCGGCACGGUGGACGACUGGUUAGAGCGUCAGCCUCACAGUUCUGAGGACCCGGGAUCAAUCCCCGGCCCCGCCUGUGUGGAGUUUGCAUGUUCUCCCCGUGCCUGCGUGGGUUUUCUCCGGGCACUCCGGUUUCCUCCCACAUCCCAAAAACAUGCAUGAAUUGGAGACUCUAAAUUGCCCGUAGGCAUGACUGUGAGUGUGAAUGGUUGUUUGUUUCUAUGUGCCCUGCGAUUGGCUGGCAACCAGUUCUGGGUGUACCCCGCCUCCUGCCCGAUGACAGCUGGGAUAGGCUCCAGCACGCCCGCGACCCUAGUGAGGAGAAGCGGCUCAGAAAAUGGGUGGAUGGAUGAAUAUGUGGCUUCAACAUAUUCAGUCCUCUUUCAUUCAGCUAGAAAGCUAAGAAAAUAUACAGGACAAUCUGCUCUCAUUUUAAAACAAAACCACUUUUAUGAACUGGACAGGCAAUGUAGGUAACCCUUAUAAUUCUUAUAUCAUACUGCACAGGUGUUAACAUCAAAAUAAUGCACCAGAAGUGUGCAUGACAUAUGCAGCGAAGACUCUCUGUAACUUCUGCUAGCAGAUCUUAGAGCAGUCGAGUUGUAUGACUUCUCCAUACUUCCUUGACACCAAUUACUACUUUUCCAUUAGACAAGGCUUUGGUUCCAUUUUGUGGCAUCUUAGGGCAUUACAGAAACAGCCCCAAAAACACAAGUGAGUUCUUUAACAAACAGUUGAGGAUCGGUUCUGAAUUCCUGAAAGGUGAAUAAGUGAAUUCCGAAAGAGCGAAUUGUGAAUAGGCGGUGGCCAUUCUUUUAUUAUGAUAAUUUUUUUUCUACCUGAGCAGCCAGGACAGCGUCUGCCGCUUUCCCCACGUCGAUUCAUCGAAUACCACGAAUAUGACCUGAAAAAUGGAUCCUACGUCGUCUAGCGACUUUCUUAUCCCUACGCAUAACUACGUUUGAGCUGCGAAAAUAUAUCCGCUCUAGUGGCUGGAAUACAGUAUAUCCCACCAGGUCAUCGUGGGGCUUUUCCACGGCACGACAAUGAGGCGCUCUAAAGCAGUAACGCCAGAGUGAAGCCCUGGUCCACACGCUGGCUGUCACGUCCUCAGCUUCAUCCUCACAGUGAGUCAGUGCUCUCUAGUGCUCGUUCACAAACAGUGAGGCGUGCACAUGUUGAGACAGGUGGUUUAGUCCAGACACAGCAGUGCAGUCUGGCUCUCUUCCAGCCAUUUAUGUGGGUGUAUUGUGUGCAGAAGGAUGGAAGCACCGUGAGUCCUUCCAUGAAUUUCCCUGUUUUGUUUCCCACCACCUACCUCUGCUGAGAAUGACUAACGGACAAGGAGGCCUAUGUGAACGUGCAAUAAGACAGCCUUUGUUACAGAGUAGACAAUGUCUAACCUCUCUUUAUUUCAACUACUAAUGAUCAUGUUUAUGUUUCUUAUGGCUAUUUAUAUAUGUGAAUUAUACUGUAGAUUUACUUGCAAAUGACAUUUUUGGUACAAUAUAACAAUAUUGUUUUUAUUUUUUAAAAUAUAUUUUCAGUUAAUGUAUCAGUCGCCAUCCAAUGAAAAGCGUGAAUCACAAAGAAAAAAUGUUUAUUUAUUUGCAAAAUUAUCAUUUAAAAAUCAUCCAAAUGUAGUGAUCCACGCUUUUCAUUUGACAGUGAAAUUCUCAGUUUAUUAAAAAAAUAAAAAUAAAAAAUAAAAUGAUAAGAAGUGUUAUCAUAUGAAGAUUGUGUGCAGGUGUGAUUGUUUUGGCUUAUUGUUGCAAUAAAAAGAUGAGAACCUAA